CAAUUGGAUGAUCAAACGCCGAUGCGGCAAGCCAAGGCAGGCACGAGCUGACCAUGAGGCUAUUGCGCCCGCGUCAACGUCGCGGCCCGCACCCCUCAUACCUUCACAAUUAGAUCCCGCUACCACUCCACAAAGGCUUUGUAGUCGCAAAACUAAGUCGGGCAUAUCUUUGAUGCGUAUUUCAUAGCCAGCUGAGCUGCCUGGAUUCAGCCAUUACUCAGGCACGCAUACGCGUCAAGGAUCAUACACCGCUGCCACUCUGCACUCUGCUGCCGCCUAUAAACCCUCCCGCCGCUCCUCCUGACUUCACUCUCUCUUCGACCCCGCUGUAUCCGUAACAUCAUCACAAGAUGUUGCCCGGCAAAGACGAAGACAAAGACCGCAAGCUGGGUACGCCCAAGGCCGACAACCCAGAACUUCAAGCAGGCGGUGGUACAGCAUCUGCCUCUGCUGCAGCUCGCAAGGUCGAUGCCUUAUCACCGCUGCUUACGCAACACCUCAAGAAGCUAUACGACCAGAUCACAACGCACUACGACUUGACGACAAAGAAAGGUCAACAGCAGUGGCUGACUGAAGAGCAGGAAUGCUCCGGGCAGAAUGCUGAGAUUCUGGCUGACGGGUCAUUCUCCAAUUUCGCCAACUACUUCAUGUCGGGCUCAGCAAGCGUCUUGAAGCCUGCGCCACCAGUCGACGAGUCGCAUCCCAUCUCCAACUACUUCAUCUCCUCGAGCCACAACACAUACCUUACCGGCAACCAGCUGUCAAGCGACUCCAGCGUUGAUGCCUACAAGAACGUCCUGAUGCGAGGAUGUCGCUGCGUCGAGGUCGAUGUCUGGGACGGAGACGAGCUUUCCGACUCCAGCUCUGACGAGGAAGCUGCGAUGGGCAACCCAGGAUCAGACGAUGCGAGAAAAAACAAGAAAAAAUCAAAGUCCGGUCUAAGCAUUCGUAAAAGGCUAGCCAUGAAGUUUGGCAGCAAGGACAAACCCGAGGAGGAAGAACAAGAGACAUCAGAGCCGCCUCAAGAGGACGACAACAAGGUUCAGCCAUGGCAUUCCGCUUCCUACACAUCGAGAGCCGAGCCUAUUGUAAAGCACGGUUACACUCUGACCAAAUACAUGACGUUUCGCGCUGUGUGUGUAAUCAUCAGGGAAUACGCAUUUGCUACGUCGAACCUGCCUUUGAUUGUCAGUCUCGAAGUACACGCUGGUCCAGAGCAGCAGGAGAUCAUGGUCGAGAUCAUGAACGAGUAUUGGAAAGGUAUGCUACUUGAGUUACCUCUCGAUCCAUCGCAGGGUCUGCAAGAAGCUCAACUACCCACCUUGAAGGACCUGGAGAACAAGAUCUUGGUGAAAGUCAAGCGCGGACACCUGAAGCCAGCUGCGGCUGAACAACAACCUACAACACUUGCCGCGCCAGCUUCAGCGCCAGCUUCAGCGCCACAGCUACAGCACACUAUGAGCAUUGAGUCCGCGACUUCGGACGACUCAUCAGAACUUGUUGAACCAGAUGCGGAGAAGAAGCCUCCAGCGCCGAAACCCAAGGUCAUUGAGUCACUAUCACGGCUGGGUGUCUACUUGGGAGGCUACUCAUACAAAACUCUCGAUGCUCCAGAAGCGAAGGUUCCUACCCACGUCUUCUCUUUGUCAGAAACAACACUGAUGGAAGUCCACGAGAACGACCCCGUCCGACUCUUCGAACACAACAAACAUUUCUUCAUGCGCGCAUACCCCAAAGCCUUGCGGUGGUCAUCAACAAACUUGAAUCCCUCCGUCUUCUGGCGUGCAGGUGUGCAGAUAGUAGCGCUGAAUUGGCAAAGCUGGGACGCCGGUAUGAUGCAAAACGAAGCCAUGUUCGCAGGCACUGCUGGAUGGGUUCUCAAACCAGAAGGCUACCGCAGCACGAGCAAAGAGGCGACACAGAAGACCGCAAUUCCCCAUCACGACCUUGAUUUGAGCAUUGAGUUCUUCGCAGGACAAGAUAUCCCUCUGCCGCCCGACGAAGACGACCCUAAGGAUCUCAAGCCUUACGUCAGGAUUGAGCUGCAUGUUGAGUCGCACGAAGAACGCAAUAACGAACAUGUGCCCGAUGAUGGAAGAAACACUGGGGAGAACCCCAAGAAGGAGACCAAUACGGCAAGGACAACGAACCCCGAUUUCGGCGGCGAAGUCGUCAAGUUCGUUGGUGUUCGUGGUGUUACGGAGGAACUGACAUUUGUCAGAUUCAAAGUCAUAGACAAAGAGCGCUUCGGCAAAGAUGACCUAGCCGCGUGGGCGUGUUUCCGCCUCGACCGCCUGCAGACCGGCCUCCGCAUGCUGCAUCUCUACGACUCAAACGGUGUAAUUACCAAGGGUGUGCUAUUAGUCCGCAUCACGAAGACGGUCAGUACGGCUUGAAUCAACUAUAUCUGUUAUUCCUGACCGUUACUACUUACCGACUUAUCUUCUUGUUUUCUUGGAGCUGGUGCACACUUUGCUAGGUGCGGUGUCGUGGCUAAUGCUGUGAUUUAGUUGUUCCCGAGAGGCGCGCGGGUGCAGCGUGGGAAGCAGUUUGAUCAUGAGACUUUGUCGCGGCCUCAGCAUUUGGUUCAUAAGGUGUGGGGUGAGAAGCAUAAGCCGCGUAGUGGGCUGAGGAGAAGGCUUGCGUCGUUAUGACGGUGACGGACGACCCGUCUUGGAGUUUGCUGCAUGUUAUUCCUGGUGUAUGUGUGUGUGAGACACUGCGCGGUACCCAUCCAAUCUGCUAUGCAAUUGUAUAUCAUAAGAAGAACAUAUAUACUGAAUCUUUUACAAUAGUAUUUGCAUGUUGUGUGAC